AAAAAAAAAAAAAAAGAAACAAAAAAGAAACAAUGGGAGAUGAGAUUAACAAAUUCUUUAAGGUAUGGCUUACAGUCUUUGUAUCCUUAGUGUAUUGUUAUGAAACUGGCAAGAAAAUCCCAGAAGGCAAAACAAGAUUUCUCUUUCUACUACCAAUUGUUUGCCUCUUUUUUUACCUUCCUCUACAUCUCUCUACCGUUUUUCUUGGUGGAAUUACAGCUUUUUUUAUUGCUUGGCUUGCAAAUUUCAAGAUUUUACUUUUCGCUUUCGGUAAAGGUCCUUUAUCUUCUAACUCAUCAAUUUCUCUUCCCGUUUUUCUUGCUAUUUCUUGCUUUCCAAUCACGGUUCAAGAAAACCCAUAUCCAAAAUCACAAAAUAACCAAAACCCAUCUCCUGAAAUUUCAAAACCUGUCAAGAAAUCUAUUUCCCAUUUAAAUUGUGCAACAAAAAUUGCACUUUUAACAAUUUUGGCUUAUCUACAUACUUACAAAGAAUAUAUCCAUCCAAAACUCAUUUUAUGCAUUUAUUGUUUAGUUAUAUACUUCGCUCUUGAAAUUAUCUUAGCCAUGGUUGCAUCUCUGGUUCGAACCAUAUUGAGAAUGGAGCUGGAGCCACCAUUCAACGAGCCAUAUUUGUCUACUUCGCUACAAGACUUCUGGGGAAGAAGAUGGAACCUAAUUAUUAGUAGUAUUCUACGCUCAUCCGUGCACGAUCCCACCCUUAAAAUCAGUACACGUAUGAUUGGUCGAAAUUGUGCCCGAGUCCUUGCCAUUCUGGCAACCUUUUUUGUGUCAGCAAUCAUGCACGAGCUUAUAUUUUUCUAUCUGGGACGCGCGAGGCCGACAUGGCAGGUGACGUGGUUCUUUAUUUUACAUGGGUUUUGUUUAGUGGUUGAGGUUUUGUUUAAGAGGGUGGUGAUUAAGGACAAGUGGCGGUUGCCAAGGAUGAUUUCCUGUAUUUUAACGAUUGGUUUUGUGAUGGUCACUGGGUUUUGGCUCUUUUUUCCCCAGCUGAUUAACCAAUGUCGGAUGGACGUUAGGGCGGUUGAGGAGUACGAAGCACUAGGCACGUUUGUUAACAAUUUAUCUCCAGCUUUGUCUACGCACCUUCUCUCCAGCUUGUGAUGGUUUAGGACGUGAUUCAUAUAUAUAAGAUGUCAGCUUGUGAAUAUAUUUUAAUUUAACUUUUUUUUUUCCUAGGAUUAUGUUAUGUACAUUGAUGAGUACUAUUAAAAUUCUCAAUACUGUUCUUUUAUCCUACAUUUUAUGUGAAAACUUACAAUUUUAUUAACAUAUUACAUAAAAUUAUUUAAUACUAAUGAUUAUAAUUUUUGGUUUCUUUUUUGGGUUUUGCAGAG